AUGCUGGAUCAUCAAUUGACCUUCAAGGAACACUUAAGCUAUACCGGCGAGAAAGCAACGAAAGUUGUAACUGCGUUAACUGGCAUGAUGCCCAAUAUUGGAGGACCCAAAUCACCGAGAAGGCUGCUGCUAGCCAGAGUAUGUUCAUUCGUUUUGCUAUAUGCAGCACCCGUUUGGACAAAAGCCCUUAAUGUUCAGGCGUAUAGAAGAAAAUUGCCUUCAGUAUACCGUCUAAGUCCGUUAAGAGUCUCUACCACAUUCCGAACAACAUCAGACAAAGCAGCUUUCGCAGUCGCGGGAAUGGUGCCUAUUGAUAUUUUGGCUGAGAAGAUUGGAACACUAUACAAUUAG